AAAUCCCUCAACCAAACAUAGACUAAGGUCCCCACAUAGGCCAUAGCUUACUCUAAUCCAUUUUCCACUAUAUAAUACACUUCCAGCUGCAAAACCCUAUCAGUGAGCUCAAUCUUAACACAUUUUUCAUUAGGCCCUCUACCAAAUCGAAAAGCCACAGCUCCAUGGCGGCGGCUGCCCCUACCAAUUUCUCCACCUCCGCUACGGCCUCCUCAUCCAAAGCCUUAACACAUCCUGCUCGAGCGCCGGCAAGAUCCUUGAGCUUCCUAUCAUCCUCCUUUUCUCCUAAGCUGCUGUGGGUUGCCGCUGGUUCCCGCGCCGCUCCCGCCUCUGGAUCUGCUAUGGCGGUUCGCAUGGUGUCGACCCCCACCAUCAAGUCCCCGGCAUCCCUGGAUUUCGACACAUCUGUGUUCACAAAGGAGAAAAUCAACCUAGCCGGUCACGAUGAGUUCAUUGUAAGAGGAGGAAGAAACUUGUUUAAAAUGUUGCCAGAUGCGUUCAAGGGUAUAAAGCAGAUUGGAGUGAUCGGUUGGGGCUCACAGGGACCUGCACAAGCUCAGAAUUUAAGAGAUUCCCUUGCUGAAGCAAAAUCUGAGAUUGUGGUCAAGAUUGGUUUGAGGAGAGGUUCUAGUUCAUUUGCUGAGGCCCGUGCUGCUGGUUUUACUGAAGAAAAUGGGACCCUAGGAGACAUAUGGGAGACUGUUUCCAGCAGUGAUUUGGUGCUGCUUUUGAUAUCAGAUGCCGCUCAGGCUGAUAACUACGAGAAGGUGUUCUCUCACAUGAAACCAAAUAGCAUACUUGGACUUUCCCAUGGGUUCCUGUUAGGUCAUUUGCAAUCAAUGGGUCUUGACUUCCCCAAAAACAUCAGUGUCAUAGCUGUAUGCCCCAAGGGAAUGGGACCAUCUGUAAGAAGGUUAUACGUGCAGGGGAAGGAAAUCAAUGGUGCUGGUAUUAAUUCUAGUUUUGCUGUCCACCAGGAUGUUGAUGGAAGGGCUACUGAUGUUGCCCUUGGAUGGUCUGUUGCUCUUGGUUCACCUUUUACUUUCGCCACCACCUUGGAGCAGGAGUACAAGAGUGAUAUCUUUGGGGAACGAGGCAUUUUACUUGGUGCGGUGCAUGGUGUUGUGGAGUCCUUAUUCAGAAGGUACACUGAAAAUGGCAUGAGUGAGGAUCUUGCUUACAGUAACACUGUGGAGAGUAUUACAGGAAUAAUAUCUAAGACCAUAUCAACAAAGGGCAUGCUGGCUGUCUAUAAUGCAUUAAGUGAAGAUGGAAAGAAAGAAUUCGAAGCAGCUUACAGUGCUUCUUAUUAUCCCUGUAUGGAUAUCCUAUAUGAGUGCUAUGAAGAUGUUGCCAGUGGCAGUGAGAUAAGGAGUGUUGUCCUUGCUGGCCGUCGUUUUUAUGAAAAGGAAGGUUUGCCAGCUUUCCCAAUGGGCAAAAUUGAUCAGACAAGAAUGUGGAAAGUAGGUGAACGAGUUCGAGCGACACGUCCAGCUGGUGACUUGGGACCUCUGUACCCUUUCACUGCAGGGGUCUUUGUGGCCCUAAUGAUGGCCCAGAUUGAGAUUUUGAGGAAGAAGGGCCACUCUUACUCGGAGAUCAUAAACGAGAGCGUGAUCGAGUCUGUUGAUUCGUUGAAUCCAUUCAUGCAUGCCCGAGGUGUUUCCUUUAUGGUCGACAACUGCUCCACAACUGCCCGACUGGGGUCAAGGAAGUGGGCCCCACGAUUCGACUACAUUCUCACUCAGCAAGCUCUAGUUGCUGUGGAUAAUGCUGCACCUAUCAAUCGAGAUCUCAUCAGCAACUUCCUUUCAGAUCCUGUGCAUGGGGCCAUUGAAGUAUGUGCUGAGCUGAGGCCAACUGUCGAUAUCUCCGUGCCUCCGGAUGCCGAUUUUGUGCGUCCGGAGCUCAGACAAUCUGGCAACUGAGAGGGAGUUGAGGUUGAGACCUUCUGUGCUUUAGGCAGUUGAGUUCUAGUGGGGUUUAUGUUUGUUUUGCUUGUAGAAUUAUGUGUGGAUGUAAUUUGCUACCUUGAGGACAAUUGAGUUUUCUGUUAGUUUGGUGUUGUGUGGACCUUUGGGUUGUCGAACGAGUUUGUAUUUCGUGCUAUGAGAUGUGAAUAGCGUCGGCAACAAAGAAAUAAAAGGAAAUGUGAUGGUCUGUCUUAUCAACUGUGGUGUAGCGUUGUUCGACAUUUGCGGUUAGGAGAUCAACUAAGUUGUUGUCCUUUGAAUACUGAUAGAGAAGAUGUGCUGAUAAACUGGCAUAUGCGCCACUUAGUUUGAGGACAUUAAUAUCAAGAGGGAAAGGUGCAGCAUAGGUUUGUAAAUGGACACGGCCAAAUUCUGGGAGGUUCGGAGGGCCCUGAACUGGCCCGGAUAUAUGCACGGGCCAAUUCAUU